CAUUAGGAGGGGAGGACAUCAAGCAUCAUCCAUGCUCUUGUUUCAUGGUAAAACCUGAAUCGAAGCACCUCAGCUGCAGAGAUGUUUUUCUGCCACCUUCACGUUCAGCGGCUCAUUACAAUGCAACACACCCAGCUCUGUGCAGAGCAGACCUCAUGCCCUUAAAAGGCGUUUUCAACAGGCCGCUGCUUCUGCCGGAGGCGUCGGGCCACUCACCUGCCCGUGUGCGCCCUCUACUGGUGGAAGCUACAAACAGCGUUUCCUCCCAAGUUACCCGAAAUGACAAACCUCUGUUUGAUGUGGCCAGUGAAGACUGUCCACAAGAUCUGCAUAUGUUUGCCUUCAGUCAUUCGAUUAGCGUGGACAGUUUAUGUGCUGAUCCACUGGAUUCAGUUCAGUUCACAAGACCUGACACAGGCAGAAAAAGUAGUCUAAUAUUCUCUCAAGAUUUUAUUAGACUAAGGGUAAAUAUGAAACUGUUUUGGUGUUUAAAUCUAGUCCGUGGUUUGUCGUUGUCCUCUAAGCCGGUGCUGAGCCGAGUUUCCACGCCUCUAAACAACGCGGACCUAUCAGCAUGAAACUGGACAGAACCAUGGGGAACUCUGACAGCGUGCUGGUCCAGAAGAGGCUGACCCGCUUCCGCCCCGAGGAGCGGCCUGUGGUUGAAGGUGUGUUUGACAGGCUGCAGGCUGCCACAGGGGAAACGGCAGCAGGAAAGACCUUGACGCUAAAGACACUGCAGUCGUCCAUGGGAGGUCUAGCAUCAGAGUCCAUGAUCAGACGAGUUUACCGGUGCCUGUGCAGUGUUGACCCUGGACUCGCAGCUGGAAAGGCGAGCGCCCCUCCUGUCUGCGGAGCAGGUCGGGAGCAGCUUGUCGUUUUCCUGGCCGACACCCUGCGAGGCACUGCAGAGGAGCGAGCUCCUCUGAUCGUGGCCAUGUCCCAGAGCGGAGCAGGGGAGGCAGCAGUAGUUUCACACGAACAAGUAGCAGAGUUUCUCCAGGACCUGAUCGCUGCUGUAGUUCAGAUCCUCGCCCACAGAGGGCGCAUUCGGGGCUGGAAGCCAGAGCGGAUGGGUGAUUGCGCUCAGGGUGUCAAUCUCCUAGCAGAACUGUUGUGUUCUGAACUCAGACCUUCAGAUGAGGGAGUGUGUGACGUUUCCUGUGUGGAGGACUGGGUCUUCAGGGUCCCCCAGGUGUCUCUGUAUUUAGAGAUGCUAGUAGUUGAAGGCCUAAAUGUGUCCCUGGCUGGCCGGCCAGCCCCCACCCUGCUGCCCCCCUGCAGAGACACACCCUGGAAAGAGCUGAGGUGUCUGUUGGACCUUCCCACCCUCAUGUUUCUGGCACCACAGUUGCCGGACAAUUACGCUGCCCCCUGGAGACUUGUGUUUUCCACACAGCUGCAUGGGGAGAGCUUCACCAGGAUGGUGGCCGGCCUGACCAAGUGUGGGCCCACCCUGCUGCUCAUCAAGGACACAAAAGGACACGUCUUUGGGGGGUUCGCGUCCCACGCCUGGGAGGUCAAACCUCAGUUUCAGGGUGACUCCAGAUGCUUCCUGUUCACAGUGUUCCCCAGACUGAGGGUGUUCACAGCAACAGGAUACAACGACCACUUCAUGUAUCUAAACCAGAAUCAGCAGACCAUGCCUAAUGGACUGGGUAUGGGUGGGCAACAUCACUACUUCGGCCUGUGGCUGGAUAGCGAUUUUGGUCGUGGUCACAGCCGAGCAAAGCCCAAGUGCACCACCUACGGCAGCCCCCAACUGUCUGCAGACGACGACUUCACCCUGGAUUCAGUGGAAGUGUGGGCUGUUGGGAAACCCCCAGAACCAGAGGAGGGUGAGGAGGGGAAGGGCAAAAGGAGCGUCUUGGAUGCAGAUCCAGAGGUCCAGGCUAUGAUGGAGAUGACAGGGAAGACACUACACAGCCAGGGCCUCAGGGAGCCAGAGGAGAACCAGGAAUAGUGGGAAGAAGAUGGAGCAAAACAGCUGCACCACAUUGAGGCUCCUGUGAAAUCGCUUUUCUCCUUCCAAUGCCUUUGACUGUUCCUGGACUCUUUAACAUUCAGUCUGCUGCUUCUUUUAAAGACACUAAAGUCAUCAUCAUUCAUCGCCAACAAGCUGUUACUCAUACUGUAAGUCUGUGGGUGAUGUCAGCACACAAACCCGGUUGGGUAGCGCCUGAUCUCAUGGUUUCAGGGUGCAGGCUUCAAGGCAGCUGUCAUCAUAAUUGGUAUGUGUGUUCAUUCCAGCCACCGUGGCAUUAAAUGGGAUGCGGCCGUAGCACCAACUCAACCAAACAGAGACAGGCUUCGCAACACAGCAUAAAAGGUGACACUGGCCACAGACCGGAGGAUGUCCACAUCAAGGCAUUGCAUGUGCAAUAAGCACCUGAACCUCACAUGCAUCUACAGCGGGCUCAGUCUACUUUAAUAUGCACGGAAUGAACGUUAAGGGUUGAUCCCUGUGAAGUUAUUUAUAAAUUGAUGGUUAAUGAUUUAUCGCUGCAGUGAUAAGCCUUUAAUAUUAAAGGUCAUCUGUGGUGUUUUAUAAUGUGCCCGUGUGCCAGUCUUCCAUCUUAAACAGCAUCUAUCAGUUCUUCGCUGCCGGUAUGACACCUGUGCUCUGGACAGUGGUUGUCCAGAACCGGUGCAGGACUAUAAAGUGGACAAAGAAAUUCA